AUGGAGGUCGAUGUCGGUGCGGCACCUUAUGGCGGACAUCAACCCGAGUAUCCAUUUUCGAAGUCCCUAACCGAGGUCACCACUCUGGCUUCCGUCAUGGUUAUGAUCAUGAAGUACAAGGGCAAGUCUGUUGACAUGAUUCUUCCUCUAGAUCACUACAUCUCAGAGGGCAUAGUUGCCACCAGAGCAAGCCGGAGGACAUCCUCGUCCCUUGCUAGUCCGGAAAGUGCGAAUGGCCCGCUGAAGGGCAUGAAAAUAUUGGACCUGUCUCGAGUUUUGGCGGCGCCCUACUGUUCCCAAAUCCUUGCAGACUACGGUGCAGAUGUGAUCAAGGUCGAAGACAUCGAUAGGGGAGAUGAUACAAGGUAUUGGCGUCAGUCUGGAGAAGAGUCUUCGUGGAAGUCCGACGCCGGACCGAUAUCCUACUACUUUGCGGCUGUCAAUCGAAACAAAAGGUCGAUUUGUCUGAACCUCAAGAGCGAAAAAGGCCGGGACAUCUUCUUGAGACUAGCCCGCCAGGCUGAUGUAGUGAUCGAUAAUUUUCGCCCGGGCGCAUUGGAACGUCUUCGACUUGGCUACGACACCUUGAGCGAGCUCAACCCGAGAAUUAUCCAUGCCAGCGUCACAGGAUACGGGCCUUCUGGUCCUUUUGCGAAGCGUGCCGGCUAUGACAUGAUCGCAGGUGCGGAAGCCGGGCUCCUUCAUCUGACUGGUGAGAAGAACGGGCCGCCUGUGAGGCCUGGGCUGGGUCUUACGGACAUUAGCACCGGCCUGUACACACAUGGAGCCAUCAUGGCAGCACUGUAUGCGCGGGAAAGAACAGGACGCGGGCAAAAGAUCGACGCCUCUCUCUUCGAGACUCAGGUAGCUUUGUUAAGCAACGUUGCUUUAGCCUGGUUGAACCUUGGCCAAGAGGCGGAGCGUUGGGGUACUCAGCAUCCUAGCGUGGUUCCUUACGAUGCAUUCAAGACAAAGGACUUCUACUUUGUCUGUGGCGCCACGAACGACAAGCAAUUUACGACCCUAUGUCGACUCCUGGGAGAGGAGUCCCUGGCCUCGGACGAACGCUUUAAAACUAGUGCCGAUCGCGUGAACAACCGAGACGACCUCUUCUCCAUUUUGAAUCGACUCUUCGCCAAAAAGAGCAUGGAUGAAUGGAUUCAGGAGUUUGAGGGGAGCGGCAUGCCAUACGCUCCCAUCAACACCAUGGAGAAGGUUUUCGCCCAUCCCCAGACCGAGGCUAGACACAUGGUGGAGAGUAUACCCCACAAUGCUGCGGUUUCGGGAUCAAUCAAGAUACUCGGUCCAGCCGUCAAGUUCAGUGACACAGAACCAACCAUUCGAUCAGACCCGCCACUACUUGGUCAGCAUACCACGGAUAUAUUAGAGGAACUUGGAUAUGAUGAUAUGACAAUCAAGACAUUCAUGGAUGAUAGAGUCGUCGGAGGACAUAUUGGCGCAGAUGUGCUGAAAGUUGAAUAA